CACAUCACACCGAUCUCCAACAACUCGACUGUGACACGAAGUUUUUAACGGUUUACCGUACUGAGAAAARAUCAACUAGUGGCGCGCUUAAAACAAUGAAGACAUUAUCAUAAAACUUAAUCCCAAAUGACAAGAAACUACGACUGAAAUCUGCUUUGAGGAGCCUAAAAUCCUAAAACUGUUCAUUUUAACCUUGAAAAGAUAGAUGAAAAUAUUACCGUUAAAAUUUGAACGAGACAGAUACAGCAGGGAUGGCGUCUUUUUUUCAAUGAACCCGAUUUUCAAGCUUGAAGUAACUUGGAAAAGUUUCUAAGAACUUUGUCGCUUGCUCAACACAAGAUAAACUAUAUAUGUUUCCUGAAGACGUACGCCAGACAGCGGUGAUUAUUCAUGCACAAAUACCUGCUGAUAACCGGUGUGUUUGUCAUCGUAUUAGUCCUGUUUUUCACCUUCGCCUAUUUUGCUCUAAAGAGCGCCGGAAAGACGCGGAGUCCAUCCAGUUUUUGGAAUCACGAUAAAGAUACAAAGCCUGAUCUAGACUGGGAUAACUUUGAUUGCUUCCAGUCGUCUUAUUACGGCAAACCAAGAAUUUUUGAAGCUCAAUGUAUUUCUGUUCAACCGCGAACUUACGAAGACUUACAGAAGAGUGAAGAAAAGCUAGCAGACAGCUCAUCAUCUGCCAGUGCUAAUGAGGACAAUUCCAGUGAAGCCUGCAAACUGAAGUUUACUUUACAGUAUAACACUGUCAGUUCAACUUUGGUCGUUCAUCUUCUUGCUGCUAAGCAUCUGGUCCAGCAAGAAAAUGCCGGCGCCGCUGCUUAUUACGUCAUGAUGAAAAUCAUCCCACAGACUCAUCGUACGUUUCRCACACGUGCCAUCAAAAGUGGAGCACCUCUAGAAUUCAACGAAAUAUUCRAAUUUCAAGUUAAUGAACAAGACUUGCUUCAACAAAAUCUUAAAGUGAUAUUGUGUUUCUUCGAUCGCUUCUCCCACCAUGGCGUCAUAGGAGAACUUAGAGUGGAUCUCGCUGACCUUGAAUCUCGAGGGCUCACGUUGUCGAGAGAAAUUUUACUUUGUAAGAAAAUAAACAGAAUACAUAAGAAGUCGCCAGUCACAGGAGCUGAGAUCAUGUUGUCAUUGGGUUACCUUAGACUAACUGAAAGACUUGCUGUUGUUGUAAUUGCUGCCAAAAAUCUACCAACGCUCGACACAGGACGACCACCAGAUCCAUAUGUUGAAGUAAGACUACAACAUGGCGGCCGUCUCCUCAAACAAAAGAAAACACAUCGUAAAAUCAAAGAUUGCAAUCCCGUAUUCAAUGAAAGCUUAACGUUCCAUAUCCCACAUGGUAUUCUACACCAAUCAUCCUUAAUAAUUUGUAUGAAGCAUGAAGAUGACAGUGAUAGGGAUAUUCAGUUAGGCCAAGUCUUCCUCGGCCCUGAAGCGACGGGGCUUCAGUUCGAGCACUGGAACGAAAUGAGGGUGAACAAUAAACCAGUAGCAAGAUGGCACAAGCUGCAAUCCACAUAAUGAAUCAAUGAAUCAAUGAAUCUAUUCGUUUUAAUAAAUUGGAAAAUAUUUUGCUUCUGUUUUAGUUGCGCAUUUCCAAACAAGAGUCAGCAGCACUAUUGCAGAUUUUUAUUUAAUGAUUUCGAGAAUAAGUAAAAAAAGGCUGCACCUGGAUUCUUGGAGCUGAAAAUAACUCCGGAAUUACUUCUAUUUGGAUAGAUUUGCACGCCCUUCAUCGCAGUACAGAGACAUAAGCAGCCUUCUUAUUUUAAUUAUAUAAAAUAUUUUUGAACGACUUUGCAUGAGCGUGUCAUGUGCCUCGUGCCAGAUGGCACAUAAUGCCUCAUUAGAUAGUUAAAUUAAUAAAUAUAUACGGAAAUAUUAUUGGGAAUCAUAAGGUUUCAAUUACUGGAUAUGUAAUUCAAGGUUAAAUAAAAGGGAAAAGGUAAAUAAAGGGUAUAGAAUUGAAAAUA